CCCCACCCCCGCCGCUCACUGCUCCCGAGCCCCCUCCCCCUGCGCCCGCCUCGGCCCGCCCCCCCUCCUUUUUCUCUGCCCGGCUUUGAUCUCUGCUUAACAACAGUAACGUCACUCGGACUACAGGGGAGUUUUGUUGAAGUUGCAAAGUCCUGCAGCCUCCAGAGGGCUGUUGGCGCAGUAGCAGAGAGCUGCAGACUCCGCGCGCUCCGGAGACCGGUCGUAGAGCGCGAGGCAGCGCGCGUCAGCAGCAGACACCGGAGCCCAACCCGGACCACAGCCCUCCCCAGGCGGCCGCGCCAUGGAACACCAGCUCCUGUGCUGCGAAGUGGAGACCAUCCGCCGCGCGUACCCUGACACCAAUCUCCUCAACGACCGGGUGCUGCGAGCCAUGCUUAAGACUGAGGAGACCUGCGCGCCCUCCGUUUCUUACUUCAAGUGCGUGCAGAGGGAGAUUGUGCCAUCCAUGCGGAAAAUCGUGGCCACCUGGAUGCUAGAGGUCUGCGAGGAGCAGAAGUGCGAAGAGGAGGUCUUCCCGCUGGCCAUGAACUACCUGGACCGUUUCUUGUCUCUGGAGCCCCUGAAGAAGAGCCGCCUGCAGCUUCUGGGGGCCACCUGCAUGUUCGUGGCCUCUAAGAUGAAGGAGACCAUUCCCCUGACUGCCGAGAAGUUGUGCAUCUACACUGACAACUCUAUCCGCCCCGAGGAGUUGCUGCAAAUGGAACUGCUUCUGGUGAACAAGCUCAAAUGGAACCUGGCCGCCAUGACUCCCCACGAUUUCAUCGAACACUUCCUCUCCAAAAUGCCAGAGGCGGAUGAGAACAAGCAGAUCAUCCGCAAACAUGCACAGACCUUUGUGGCCCUCUGUGCCACAGAUGUGAAGUUCAUUUCCAACCCACCCUCCAUGGUGGCUGCUGGGAGUGUGGUGGCCGCGAUGCAGGGCCUGAACCUGGGCAGCCCCAACAACUUCCUCUCCUGCUACCGCACAACGCACUUUCUUUCCAGAGUCAUCAAGUGUGACCCGGUCAAGGCCCUGGCCACCGGCCUCUGGCUAAACAAGGACUCCCUCCAUCUCCGCCCGCCUCUCCAGGACUGCCUCCGUGCCUGCCAGGAACAGAUUGAAGCCCUUCUGGAGUCAAGCCUGCGCCAGGCCCAGCAGAACAUCGAUCCCAAGGCCACCGAGGAGGAAGGGGAAGUGGAGGAAGAAGCUGGUCUGGCUUGCACACCCACCGACGUCCGAGAUGUGGACAUCUGAGGGCCACCGGGCAGGCGGGAGUCACCAAGUAGUGGCAUCCGCGAAGAGAAAGGAGCCAGCCCGGGUGCUCCUGACGAGGUCCCCCUUGGGGAUGUGUUGUUACCAGAAGGGGAAGUUUUGUUCUCUUUGUUGGUUGUUUUUCCUUAAUCUUUCUCCUUUCUAUCUGAUUUAAGCAAAAGAGAAAAAAAAUACCUGAAAGCUGUCUUAAAGAGAGAGAGAGAGAUAGAAUUCGCAUCACCCUGAGUAUAGGGAGACGGGGGGGUGCUACAAAAAUAGAAUUCUGUACCCCAGUAAUCAACUAGUUUUCUAUUAAUGUGCUUGUCUGUUCUAAGAAUAGGAUUAACACACAGGAAGUCUUGAGAAGGAUUUUUGAUUCUUUUAUGUGUUUAAGAAAAAAAAGCUUAAGAAACAUUGCUUUAAAAAAAGAAGGAAAAAAAAUACAGCAAACCAUUGUUAAAGUAGAAGGGUUUUAGGUAGAGAAAUGUACUCUGCUUUGCUGAAAAGGCACAGCUUUGGCAAGGUCCUCAACCUCACUCCCCUGCUUGUUCAGUGCCUACAGCCCUGUUACCUGAUGAUACCUGUGCUUUAUCCCAGGAGUGGGCAGACCUCUUAACCUUACUGAUGGUCGAUUCGACCUCUAGCGGCCUCGUGGCGUGUGGCACCCUCCAGGGCUCAUGUUAUGGGCCCUCUGCCCCCCACAACCUGCAGGUUCACAGAGCGCCAGCCAGCCACGCAGCGGUAGGGAUGAAAUAGUGACAUAAUAUAUUCUAUUUUUGUAACCUUCCUGUUUUGUAGUUCCUGUUUAGAGAGAUGCUGGUUUUUGCCUGGUGGCCCUGCAGCCCACUCACAUCAGGUUGAACCCACAGCUUUUCUUUUGUGUGUGGUUUGUUUUGUUAUGUUUUCCUUCUCCAUGUUCCAAAACCAUUCCAUUUCAAAGCACUUUUGGUCAGCUAGCUGGAGGCAGUGUUGCUGGGUGUGUGUGUGUGUGUGUGUGUGUGUGUGUGUGUGUGUGUGUGUGUCGGUGGGGGAGGGGGUCUAGUGGAAUGGUUGGGGGAUGUCCACACACUCAAUUCUGAUGGCUGCACAGCAGGUGUGUAGGGCUGGUAGCAUGAGGUGCUUGGGAAGUUUUGUUGGGUCGAGAAGAGAAAGCUCUGUUCUCGUACCACCGGGAUCUUCCUGCAAAGUCGGAGGGAUCUUUUGGUGCCAGCUGGCGUUUGGAAGUAGGGACCGUGAUGGCAUUACCUGGACAAGGGGAUUCAGGACGACUCUUAAGUCUUUCACACAGGAGGCUUUUAAACACUAAAAUCUCUAAUUUAUACGUAAGGCUACAGAAGAGUAUUUAUUGGGAAGGUUGCCCAUGACCCGUGUGACUCAAAGCAAUGUGAUCUUCCCUUGAUUCAAACGCACACCUUCUGCCCUGCUGGCGAAGGUUUAGGGCCAUGUCUGAGAGACUGGUCUUUUAUUGGGCAAGUGGGGGUGUCCUCAAAAAAAAACAAACCACAAAGACGGAGAUGUGGUCUCCUUGACUUUCCCAACCCAAUUGGCCCCAUUGGAGAGCCAUCCAAACUGAGGAAAAUUAGGGGACUCCAAAAGAGUCUUGAGUCUGGCACAUUCUUGCCGCCGCUCCCAAGUUAGCAACAGUAGGUAAUUUGCACACCUCUGGCUCUGCCUUUCUGUUCAGGAUGUGUUGGUGGGAGGUGGAGAGCGGGUGGCUGGAGAGGGGAUGUGAGAGAAGAAGUAUGGAGGGUAGGGACCACACGGGACAGGCCGCGGCUCCUUUCACAGCGCUGCUACCAAUGACUCCCAGGAUCCCCGGCGUUCGGAACCAGAUUCACGUUGCUUUGUAUCUUUCAUGUUGUUUUCGCUGCUAUUGGAGGGUCAGUUUUAUUUUGUUGUUGUUGGUUUGUUUGUUUUUUUUUUACAAUGUCAUAAACUGCCAUGUUCAAGUUUUAAUUUCCUCGUAGAAGAGUGUAUUUACAGAUGCCCUUUUUUGUACUUUUUUUUUUAUUGUGAUUCAAUUUUGGAUUAAUGUGAUUACCGCUGUAUUCCCAAAAAAAAAAAAAAAACCACACACACACACACACACACACACACACACACACACACACACACACACACACACAAACAGGUUCCUGUACACAAUACCUCAUGUAUCACCUAGCCAUGCAUAGGCCUGGCAGGCGGGUGGGGUGGUCUGCCUCCAGGGACCCUGGGACCCUGCUGGGGAUCAUCCUGUCAUGCUGGGCCUUCAUUUGAUCUGGGACAUAGCAUCACAGCAGUCAGGGCAACUGUGUUCUGUUAGUUAUCAAUAUUGUUACUUGUAGCGGCCUGUUGUGCAUGCCACCAUGCUGCUGGACCCGGAGAGAUUUGUUCUGAGUCUCUGGUGCAUCAUUUAAUCUGUUAGGUUCUAGUGUUCUGUCUUGUUUUGUGUUACUCACAGCAUUGUGCUAAUGUAAAGCCAGCCGCAAUGCUGUAGGCCCCAGGUUCCCUAGCAAGCUGCCAAACCAAAAGGGUCACCACCAGCUUAGCUGAGGCGUCCCAACCAGGCAGGACCCUUGAGGGCUGCUGUGUCCAUGGUGAUGGGGUGAAGUUUUGGCCAAAGGGCCAAAGGCUGGUGGAUCCACACAGUCUGCCCUGUGACAUGAAUGGCUUUGAGGGGCUCUGGCUGGUGGUCAGGUUGGCUUUGUGUAUUCUGGUUGACACACCAUGGCGCUUCCCAGCACAGACAUGUGACCAGCAUGGUCCAGGAAAAAAAAAAAGACAAAAAAAUCUAGAAAUAAAAUUGGUAAAAUCCCA